CUGAACUGUUCUGUCUCCACAUCUCUGUCUCUGGCAAAUUAGUCACAGCAAAGCAUUAUGCUGCUUCUCUUUUUCUCUGCAGUUCGCUCGAGGUAAAAGGACUUGGGCUGGACACUAUUCUCCGGCAAACACGAGGAAUCACCAAGGGAGAAAAACAAAUCAGUAAAGUUCCAUCAGUUAAGUUCCUGAUGAAGGUGCCAGGCAGCACCAAUGCACCAAAACCUUUAAAUGCAAGUGAUAUGGAGAUGUGGAUGGCAUGCCAGUCCGAGGGUGACAUCAAGAAAUGUCAGUCGCUGGUGCCAUGUGAUGGUGACAAUGGGCUUUGUAGUCUGAUUGAUAGUAAUAAGAAAAUUAAAAAAGUGAUAUCUUGGCCAUUUGUAUCAAGACGAACCUUCACUGGGUCAGAGACUCUGAGACACCUGCAAGCUGACCUGAAGCCUUCUUUGUUUGAUCAGCCAUUGUCAUUAGUCUGCACUGAGGAAGACAUGCUCCCCAAACCUAUACUGGAAAUCCUUACAAUUCUCUACCUGAAAGGGCCUUCAACUGAAGGAAUAUUCCGAAAAGCUGCCAAUGAGAAAGCACGCAAGGAGCUGAAAGAAGAAUUAAAUGCUGGAGGGAAUGUUGUCUUAGAAAAUGAACCUGUCCAUCUGCUGGCAGUGAUUUUCAAGGAUUUCCUCCGAAACAUUCCUAAAAAACUGUUACUAUCUGAACUUUAUGAUGAGUGGAUGAUAGCACUGGAGAAAAUAAGCCAUUGUAAAAAAAUGGAAGCAAUGAAAGAGGUUGCAGGCAAACUACCUCAGCCUAACCUUCUUUUGCUCAAGCAUCUGCUCUGCGUGCUGCACCACAUCAGUCAAAACUCAGCAGUCAACAGAAUGGAUUCCAACAAUCUUGCAAUCUGUGUUGGGCCUAGCAUAUUGACUCCAGAUCACAACCAACAACUGCCACUGGAAGCCCAGAAAGAGCUGACUUAUAAGGUGAAGGCACUGGUGGAAUUCCUAAUUGAUAAUUGUUCUGAAAUAUUUGGAGAAGACAACUCUUUACUAUACAGUAUCUCUGAUGAUGAUUCCCUGGACAAGUCAGAAAUGCUAUCCCCCAGCCAGCAAAAUGAUUCAGCCUAUGACAGCGGAGAUCUUGAAGGAGACAGCAAUUCCAGUGGUUUCCAGGACAAAGAUGUACAACAAGCUAAGAGUCCAGCCAGCAGGCUGAGCAGUAUAGAGCUACAGUCCCAUCAGCCACAAAGCCAGACUGCCUCUGUCUCUUCACUGACUCCUUUUAAAAACUCCAUAAGUCAACUAGAUAGAAGAUACUCUGAGCCAGACAUGUUUUCUUCUCAGACCUACCAAGAAGGCAGAAUGAAAAGCCAGAAGCUAACCAAAAGUGAGGGGGACUUUGUUCACCAGAAGGAAGUGGGGCUGAAGUGUCAAAGGCUCAGAAAGCAAAUGACCAGGGAACUAUGUCAUUCAAGCCUUCAUAGGAAUAAAAAGCCACCAAAUCUAACUAUAAAAAGUCAUUCCGGUUCAGAAUUGCCCAGAACAUCCUCCAGCAAUUCACUAGAUAGCUCCUCACCAGCUUCUGAUUCUUCUGUUUUCAUCAGCUCACCAUUAAUGUCACCUUCCAAGACAAAUGCUUUUAUUCGGCCACAUUCUUUCUCCACUAAGACUUCUGUUGGAAGUGACACAUCCAACCAAGAGUUCAGAAAACAUUCAAUGUCAUUUUCUGUGGCAACUCGUAAGAAGGAACUAACUAAAACCCAGAGUUGUGGCACGGUUGGUUUCCAAAGAGGCAGUUUCAAAAAGGACUCCAAAAGAGAGAGAGAACUUUCCUGUCGAAUAAUUCAAGGAACUUCCACCAACAGCUACAAGCCAGGGGCAGUGGGAUGUCAACCGAGGCCUCGAUUCUUUUCAGUAGAUGAAGUAUUUAAAUUUGUGGAUCAGAAAAAUCCUGGAAAGCCACCAUCCUACAAAGAGGCUAUCAAAAACUGCACAGCUGCUAGACUUCCCUCAUACAGUAGCUUAACUGUUCAACAUAUGAGAUCAGCAAAAUUGCUACCAGACUCUCCGCCUCAAUGUUUCAGGUUGAACAGAGAGGUUCCAAACAAUGUGCAUAAGGACAUCUCUAAUGACAAGCUAUCUGUGAUCAGUGAUUCUCAGGACAAAAGGCAAGCCAUGGAUGUUGUUAUUGGAAUACAUUCCCAAGCUAAUUUGCCACUCACCCCUCAAGUUUACCGCCUGCGGACCAUGUCUGGGUCUUAUCAGAAGAAUAAACAAGAAUAUUUAAUACGGCGGUGCAGUCAACCAACCUUUGACCAUGUACAAUGUGCAAAGGAAUCCUAUGUUUAAACUAUCCCAUUUCAGCAUAAUGUAUGUUGUGACUUAAAUAACAUCAUAACAUAGGUUGUUUCUGCAUGGUCCAAAUAUCUCGGGUUGAGCAAGGGAAAUAUCCCGGUUUGGCCAAGAAGUUUGCACGGU